AUGUUGACUAAAAACGAAACCAUUACCACUCAAAAUUCCAAACUCAAAAAACAACUGACGUUACAGGGGGGUCUGGAUAAUGUUGGUAACCAAAAAGAACAAAAGAAUAAUAAAAGAACCAGGGAAGAGGCGGGCCUGUCUCCGCCUUCUCAAGACGAAGACGAGCUGGCCUCGGAACCGGUUUACCCUGAAGUAACAACAAACAGGGAGCCAGUCCCCUCAACAUCGUCAGCCUCUGAUCCUAUCCAAAACUCCACCGAAUAUCCCACCCCAAAAGGGAGGAGCACUGAUCCCAUUUCAAAUAUCAACAAAGUGCCUAAAGUACUGCUAAGGGACACAAAAAACUGGGCCUCAAAAUACAAAACAAUUUGUGAAAGGAAAAUCAACUUAGUAAAAGUGCAGAAAGAUAGACUGGGAUUAGCGCUCUUCCCCAAAACUCCUAAUGACCACCGUGAACUAAUAGGACUUCUCAAGGAAGAGGGAAUGGAAUUCUAUUCUUUCUUCCUUGAAGAGGACAGAAAGCUGAACGUGAUACUCCGAGGACUUGACCAAAACUUCAAGCUAGAAGAGGUCGAGGAAGAGCUGAGAGCGAUGGGGUUUGAGCCGGAGGAACUGGGUUCGUUCAAAACCGGCCCAGGCCGACGUAGACCCACGGACCUCAUCAGAUUCCUCGUACCCAAAGAGCAAGUCGAUUUGAAGCAAAUUGGGCAGUGCCAUCACUGCCAAGAAUACGGUCACGUCCUGAGUAAUUGCAACGCAAAGCCGCGUUGCCACAAACGCAAGGGUGAACACUUUUAUUCAGAAUGUGUAAAGGACAGAGCAACCCCGGCUGAGUGUUGCAAUUGCGGCGGUGACCACCCGGCGAGUUACUGGCGCUGCCCGAAAAAUCCUAACAUAAAAAACAUAAACAACCAAAAAAAAAGCUUCGCUGAGACCUUGAGAAAGACCGACGCGGAGUCUGAUAACAGGAGGGCAGAGCCAAAGGAAGGCAAUACAUCAUCACACAUGAAACGCCCCGAGUUAUCAACCAAAAACACAAAUCUCCUAAACAUCUUAAGUUUGCCUGACGGGAUCCUAGAAAAGAAAAUCAACAAUCUAAUGGCAAAACUUGAGAAAUUAAACACAAACCCGGCGAUCAAACUACUGCUGGGGGUCGAGGCCUAG